AUGGAAUCAGAGACUAAUAACGAGAAGAAGAAAGCUAACGGCUCUCACGAAUGGGGGGUGAAAGAUUCAAAAGGCAACUCCACUAGUGAAACUCAGCCAACAAAAGUCGAAGGCAUUCUUGUGGGCCAGGCCUCGUCGUCCAACACGACUUCAUCCCAAGACGUGGUUCUGGGCCCAAACAACACGACGAUCCGAAUUCUAUCCGGUCCCCCACUAGUGGUUGACCAGAAAGAAAAUUUUGAACCCAAUUCAAAAAGUACAACAGCCCGCCAACGGUCACAGAAGAAAACAGAGGAGAGCUCUCUGAAACAGAACCAAGGCAAGGGGAUCAAUCUCAAGGGCAUCAAGAAACCUCUUCAAAUCAACUCUGACACAAAGAAAGCCCUGCCCAAGAAACCGACGAACAAUAACUUUCCCAUAACCCUGAAAGCCAUCGAGGAGUUCUAUUCUCACACUCAAUUGAAGGCCUAUGAGUUCCAAAAUAUUCUCUCAGGGAAACCUACUAAUGUGGACAUGAUGGAGAUGCAUGACGCGACCACUGCUAAGAAUCAAUUAGAAAAUGUAGACAACCAGAGAGACCAAACAGCCGUCUCUGAGGCUCUCAUUUAA